AUGGAGGACGACAACCUCUCGCAAUCGAGUCCGCCCACCGAAACGGAUCUAUCAUCAGUUCGCAAUGGCCAUGAGCCAAGGGAAACAGACAUAUUUCUCGCCGUUUUUGGAGUGACUGGGGUCGGGAAGAGCUCCUUCAUUUCCCACCUCACCACUGACAAGAGCAAGCCCGAGGUCGGACACAAACUGGAUUCCUGUACCCAAGAUGUGAAAGUCUACCAGUACGCCUAUUCGGCCACUUGCAACAUCUAUCUCAUCGAUACUCCCGGUUUCGACGACACAUACAGGACAGACAAGAGCGUCCUGCGGUCCUUGGUGGCUUGGCUUUCUUUAACUUACAAGAACAACAUCCGUCUUCACGGAAUUCUUUAUUUGCAUCGCAUCACCGAUGUGCGAAUGCAAGGCUCCGCCAAGAGCAGUGUGACUCUGUUUCGUCAGCUGUGCGGGGCUGACAACCUCAAUCGCGUCGUUCUUGUUACCACCAUGUGGAACAAAGUCGACGACGAGGUUAGCGUGUCAAGGGAAAAGGAACUCGUCGAAAACAAAGACUUCUGGGGAUGCAUGGUGCAGAAAGGAAGCCGUUUCGAGCGACACUACGACACUGUCGAAUCCGCCCGAAAGCUGAUCGACAUCUUCCUACCGCAAGACCACGAACAGUCAAAUGGACCACCACCACAAAUGGAGCUAGCGAUUCAACGUGAGAUGGUACAUCAGCACAAGGUUCUCGAAAACACCUCGGCCGGACAAGAAGUGUGCAAUAGGUUGAACCAAGAGGAAGCAGAAAUCGAGACCUGCAUUGCGGAGUACCAUGCGGAAAUGCAUCAAAUACGGGAAGAAAGAGGCCUCAACAUGCUUCAAGAGCUUGAAGAUCUCGAGAAGCAGAUCAGUGUUGCCAAAAAGAGGAGUGAAGGAAUUCUAUAUCACAGACAGGCCGAGAUGAAAAAGUCGAUGGAGACACUGAUAAGGGAUAAUUUCGACAAGGAUGACCUGGAGCCGGACGAAGAGAAGAAGAAGAGGCUCGAAGAGGAAUACUUCCCGGGGGGGUUUGAUGCGCAAUCUUACUACCUUGAAGGCCCGACGUCUACAAGCACAAGCAAACGCAAUAGUCAAAGCAGCAACCGGUCCAGUUUCCUUAGCCUUCACCGAGUUGGUUCCCCAGGCGCUUCGCAAGGAAUGGGACAGCGGUGGUCUAGCCGGGACCAGAAAAACAUCCGCGUCAGCAUGAGUCUACGGGGCAAGUAUUGCUCCCUCCUUGGCCCUCUGUACAGCAAGUCGUGA